CUGUAUCUGACCGAGCAAGUGGCUAUCUGGAGAGUAGUGUCUGCGUCGUCUGUACAUGUCAGUGUCUUGGUUACUACCAAUGAUGUAUGUUUUUGUCGGGAGUUCUGUUUUGCACGCGUUGCUAUAGACAGUGUGAUUUGAAAUAUUUAAAGGAUGAUGGCUUUGUAUUGCUAGCUCUCGUGACUUUUAAUUUAACCACCUUAUAUGGGAUUUUAAACCGUGAGUAGUAUAUUGUACACAAUGUAUACAUGUACAUCAUAACGAUACGUUCUGAGACUGUACGGUCUGAGAUUUGACGGACGCGUUUUUUUUCAACGUCUAAAAUUUGUUUUCAAUACAAAACAUAUCCUCCUUGAGUCCACGGCUCUAUCCUAAGCGUGAGAAUUAGAGAAAGCAGUAGAAAACAGAGUUAAUGUGAAUUAAAGGUUACCUAUAUUUCGAGCGCGCCAAGUGAAGAUUCUGUUGGAAACCCGACACCGACAACAGGCGAGAGAGAAGCGGGAAGAGAUGGGGAACAAGGUGCAGCCUCUACCAGAGCCGUGUAAGGUGUGUGCCCACCCGCCCGACCACCAUCCAGAGAUGCGGGACCAGAUGGUGGACACCUCGGAACUGGAGAGGGAGCUCAACGAGCAGAAAAAAGCUUCGCAGGUUUCAGAUAAGUUAAGGGCUCUGAAGCAGGAAAAAGCACGGGCUGCGAACUCGAAAAGCUCACAACAAAACUCCCCCAAUAAGCAGUUGAUCCAUCCCCACUGCUGUCAGGACGAGCAGGGCGCUAACCCCAUGGUGAAGUCACGUGACUUUAAGUCCAGUGAACAUGGCGACAGUCUGUUGUUUCACCUGAACCGGCUGAGACGGGAUAACCACUACUGUGACACUUACGUCACAACUGACGAGGGGGGCUUCAGGGUGCACCAGGCGGUGCUGGCCGCGAUCAGCCCCAGGUUUAAGGAAGAGAUGGAGCUUCAGGCGGCCGAGCAGGAACAAAAACAACUCACCACUAUUCGCAUCAAGGACGUCUCUCCUACAGCACUUAAUUUCUUGUUAGAUUUUGCCUACACGUCUGAGAUCUCCAUUAAUCUGAAACACGUGGAAGACAUCUUCAAAUCGGCCAAGAAGCUGGCGAUACCUGGAGUCGUCUUCUUCUGUAAGGAGUUCUUGUCUCAGGAGAUCAACAUGGACAACUGUCUGAAGGUAUUGGAAGUCGCGGGUCGGUGUGACUUACACGACAUAGUAGAGAAAGUUGACGGGUUCAUCCAGAAGAACUUUGACCUGAUGUCGGAGUCAGACCUCCUUCAGCAGCUCACCUACCAACAGAUCUCAUCGUACAUGCGCAGUGAUGACGUGCGCUCCAGCGCAGAGUUGAAACUAUUUAACGCCGCCUGGCGUUGGCUGAAGUACGACAGUUCACGGAGCGCGCAUGCGCACGACUUGAUGGCUGACAUUCGAUUCGGGCUGAUGUCUUCACUGGAGCUCAAGAACCAUGUACAACAGGUAGAUUUCAUGCGGACAGACCAACAGUGCAGCCGGACUCUACAAGAGGCCUACGAGUACCACCUCUUCCCUUCCCUGCAGCCUUUGCGGCAGAACAUCACCACCAAGGUCAGGUCCUCAACGUACUACGUCAUCACUGUGGGCGGGGCGCAGAAAGAACCAACCAAUCAGUGUCUGUACCUGGAUCUGUCUCCAGAACCUGCGUUUUCAGAUGGUGUUAUGCCACGGCCUGAGUGGAAGCAAUUCCAAAGGGCUCCCAAAGCCAGAUACCAGCUGACGGCUGCCGUGUUGAACAACUUCGUGUACCUGGUGGGCGGACAGAACGAGGUUCACGCGGCGGGGCGGGCGGCGGAGAACUCCGGCUGGCGCUACGACCCGCGCUCCAACGAGUGGCUCUUCAUCGCCCCCAUGCACGAACAGAGGACGGAGUUCUGUCUAUGCGCGGUAGGAGACACCCUGUUGGCGGUAGGCGGCAGGAACACCAGCGGCCUGCUGAAGUCUGUGGAGAAGUACGACAUGGAGAGGGACACCUGGUCCUACGUGUCGUCCCUGAAGAACCCGGUCUGUGGGCACGCAGGCUCCGUGUCGUGCGACAAGGUCUACGUCUCGGGAGGGUAUACAGGUCAGGACUAUGACAAGUCAAUGUUGUCCUACAGCCGCAGCUCCGACCAAUGGGACGUCAAGCGGCCUAUGUUCAGCGCACGCGCAUGGCACUGCCUAGUGACGUUUGACGACAACAUGUACGCCAUUGGAGGACACCGCAGAAACCCCGCAGGUUGGCAUGAGGAUAUAAACGUGGUUGAGAUGUACCAGACCAGCGCGAACCAGUGGACCAAGGUGACGUCCAUGGACUAUCCCAGGAGCUUUGCUGGCAGCUGUGUGGUCAACAACGCCGUGUAUGUGGUCGGAGGCGUGUCCAAACAGUCGCAGAGCUGCAUGCGGAUUGUCCAGCGGUACUUCCCAGAGGAGGACCGUUGGGAGAGGCUGCCAGACCUCCCCAGUCCCUCGAACGGCACGGUGUGUGCCACCAUGGCGCUGUCCUGGAGGGUAGUGAACCAGAGCCAUGCCAUCUACCCGCCUUCACGGGCUGUGAGUUCCACCAGCGUCAGGGACAGCAGCAAGAACAUCUCCCUCACCAUCAACGAACAGAACAACGCGGACAACAGGAGCGCCCUGUCGCCUGUAGGCCAGACUACCAAGCUUUCUCUAGCCUCGGUCGCUAAGCAGAGCAACCUGAAAGAGCAGGGGAUGGACAAGACCAGUGUGGAGAUGGGCGAGCUUAUCUAGAAGUCUAGUGUAACCCUCCUUUGGAUAUACUAAAAGUUACCAUAACCAGUAUCAACAGUCAUUAUGGUAAACAUAGACAUUUACAAUGUAAAUCAAUUGACAUAGCAACACUGAUAUCAUAUACAAGUGUUAUUAGUAAGUAUAUUAAACAAAAAUGACAGUUCGCUUCUGUUUCACCCUGCUUUUUAUUGACAUACAGACUUAUAAUUUCUGGUUAAUACAAUACAAUAUAAUAUAAUGUAAUGUAGUGCAUGGCUGUUAUACAUGUACUUUCCAUUGUGUAAGAAUUUAAAUAAGUUAUACAUCAAACUUUUCUUUUACCUUCUCCAUUUAAACAGUGCAAAUGUAAAGAAUAUGUUGCCAGGACAAUCGAAACAAGCCAAUAUUAUUUAAACUGAAACAUUGUGUCCGAAUAAGAAAACUUGCCCUAACCGACAAUGUUGGAAUAGGUCCAAGAAAGUCAGAACCUAAAAAGUCAACCAUACUGUGAACUUUUUGUUUCCAUUUAUAGAUACACAAACAAGUCCACUCAUUUCACUUCAACAAAUUUCUACAAGAUUUUCAAGUCAAAUCCUGGUGGAAACAAUCCAUUCACAGUUUUCAAAACUUCAAUCAAAAUCUGCAUAUUACUAACACAACAUUUUAAACUCAAAACCAUCUUUGCUUGCCAGCAAACAGAUAAACUUUUUAUCAUAACUUCUUCUCACUUUGACAACAAAAUAUAACAAACGUCUUCAACUUUCUACCACCUGUUUUCAAAACAAAGACUAUUUAAUAAGCAUUUGUUAUACUUUAAAGAGGGGGAUUCACAGAAGAAAAUCUAUGUGGAAUUUCCUACCAUUUAAAUCCUAAAGGGCUAUCGUACAUGUGGUGGGCACCACAUGUUCCAAAUAGCCUAAAUGCUAUGAUAACUGCAAAUUUGGGCUUCAAUGUUUUAUUCCUUUGCGUUAGUAUUUUAUGACUUGGUGCCCAGCACUGUUUAUAUCUAUGUAUUAGUGAUUUUUACCUAUUUGACUCCCAUUUUACAACAUACUACAACCUAAAUAACUUUCAAUUGUAUCUUCAAGAAACUGCCCUUCUAAUCAUCAUUAGAUAACAUUACCUUUUUUAGCAAGAUGAAACUAUGUCGGUGUCUAACAAUAGUGUUAACAGUACUAGUAUGGAAAAUAAGACAUAUGUAUCAGACCUUCAAUACAAUAAGCUCAAUAUGUAUAUACUUAUUUCACAGUGAAAAGAACAGUUACUUCACAACUCCAUAUACUCAGAGGCUUAACACAGAAGUUACACCUAUACCACAGCCAGAUACAAGAUGGUAUGCUAAGUUGCACUUGUCUAUUCAAUUUUCAAUACCUUCACAAUUUCACAGAACCAGUGUACUUCACAAAAACAUUCAACUCUCAUAUUCUUGCUGAAUGGUAACUUUAGCUACAGGAAUGUAGUUCUAGUCAUCACAGAUGUUUGCACACUUCAGAUAUCCAGGUGUUUAAGACAUUCUUGGGUGUCUGCAAUUUUUAAAUAUGGUUGAGAGCUGACAUUGCAUUAAGUAGAAUAUUUCAAACACACUAAAACCUCAGAUAAACAGGUGUGCAGCAUAAAACAGUUAAUGGUCCCUUAGGCCAUGUUGAUCUGAAUAAUAUGGAUGACAUCCAAGCACACAUAAAUUUUUGUCCACUUGCAAAAAAAUAAAAGUUGCCACCAUACUGUGAAUCUUACAAAGCUGUAGCAAAAUGAGCAAAUACAUGCUGUAAGUUGCGGAAAAAUUAUCCGAAAAUGGACACUUAGAUGACAAAGUCAAUUCCAAACUCAAACAAGAUUGAAGAUGAAAAAAAUGAGUAAUCUAUUGUUCUGUAUACCAUACUGUGUCUUUUAGUGAUUCCUUCAACCUUUCUGAAUACUUAUAGAUUUUAUAAUGAAGGCAGCUUUUUUUCUUUGCAUGCUUGCAUCACUUUUGGGGUUCCCAGAAGAUGUCAACUGUAUAAUCAGAGAACAUAUUUUUUUUUAAAACACACAAAAAUCAUUCUGCAUGUCAUACUGUGUGUUUAGUCAUUUUUUAAAUCUCACUGACGCCUUUUUUUUCUUUUCGAUCAAAUAAAUUUCAUUUAUUAGUUACUAGUACACGCAUCAGUUUUGGGGCUCCCAGAGGAUGUCCUCCAUAUAAUCAAAUCAACAUGGCCAUAAAAUGUGUACAAUUCACAAUGCGUUCAUAUCAAUACUUUGAAUGAGCUCUGAAUGAAAUGGUCUAGAACAAAAACUGUAACAAACAUUUGACCACUUUUGUGAUAAAGAAUAUUAUUACUGAUAGGACCUGUAUAAGGUACACAGGUGUAGAGUGAAAUAUAUCAUUAACACUGCUUAAUACAUGUACAACAAGACGACAGUUACAAAGAACUAAGCUCUAUGAAAAAGAGCAAAACAUUAGGUUUACUGUAUAAUUAGGGAAUAAGCAUGGCAUACUGACAUCACAAAUUAUACUGUACUAUAAUAUAUCAACUGUUCACUAAAUAUAAAUACAGUUGUAAGAGAAUCUAUGGGUUACGGUGUACCACAAAUAAUGUGACAAAGUCACUCUAACGUUAUUUAUAAACUCUCAAGGAGUUUUUGCAUUGUAAGACAGAGCUCCUGCCUAUAGUUGCAUUGCUCAAGAAGUUGUCCUGAGACAACAAUGCAAAGUCUUGAUGUUAAACUCUUCUUAGUUCCAAUAAAGAAAUUGUGCAACAGAAUAGAA